AUGUAUAGUAAAAUCAAAAUUCUUAGUGUUUUUUGGUUAGCUGCCAGUGGAGCAUACUAUAUUUACAAAUAUAAAAAAAAUGAACUAAAACAUCUAUUACAAUUUAUACUUUUUAAUAAAAAGAAAGAAAACAAGAAAAAUAUGAAUGAUAGUUUAAAAGAAGGUAAUUUGAGUGAAAAUUCAUCUAGUGUAAAUAAUGAAAGUAAAUCAAGUUUUAGUAAGGCAGAUAUCUUGAAUAAUAAUGUACCAAAUAAAACUAUAGAAAGUAAAUCAAAUUUUAUUGAAAUAAAUAAUUUAUAUGAAGAUAUGGAGCUUCAGGAUACAGAGGAAAAUGAUUUAAGUUCAAAGAAAAUGAAAUAUUCAUCAGAAGAUGAAAAUAUAAUAACGGAUGUAGAAGAUAUAAAUAAUAUUAAUGAUAGGACAAAUUAUAAAGUUGUUCAAAUAAAAAAAAAAAAUAAUAAAAAAAAUAAUAUAAGGGAAAGUCCAAAAGUAGAGGAAGAAGAAAAAAAAGAUAAUUAUAAUUUUAAAGAAAAUAAUAUAAUAAUACCAGAAAACUAUAAAAUAUAUUUUAAGUCAUUUGGCUGUGCACAUAAUAGUUCGGAUUCAGAAUUUAUGAUGGGUUUAUUAAGUAAUUACGGUUUUAAAUUUGUUAAAAAUGUUGAAGAUUGUGAUAUUUGUAUUAUUAAUAGUUGUACAGUAAAAAAUCCAAGUGAGGAAAGUAUGAAAACAAUAAUUAAUUAUGUAAAAAAGUUAAAUAAUUCUAAUAAUGAUAGCAAUAGUAAAAAAAAAAAAACCCAAAAUUUAGAAUAUUUAUCUACUUCAUCUUCUGGAUUUUCUGAAUUUGAAGACUAUAGCUGUGAAAAAAAAAGAACAAAUAAUUAUAGUAGUAUUUCUUAUAAUAAUGCAUGUGAAAAUAAUAAAAAAGAAUGUGCUUGUAAUACAGAAGAUUAUGAUGAAAUAAAUGAUAAAAAAGAUGUAGCUUUCAAAAAUACAAAUAAUAAAAAAAGUAAUGAAUUAAUAGGCAUUAAAAAAAAAAAAAAAGUAAUAAAAAAUAAUAAAAAAUAUAUCAAAAUUAUUGUUUGUGGUUGUGUUCCUCAAGCAGAAAAAGAUAUGCAAAUUUUUGAAAAUAUUUCUUUAGUUGGAGUUAAUAAUAUUGAUAAAAUAAUUGAUGUUGUCGAAAAUGUAAUAAAUGGAUAUAAUGUAAAAUAUUUAAGAAUGAAUAAAAAAAUGACUUCUCUAAACCUUCCAAAGAUAAGAAAGAAUAAAUAUAUUGAAAUUAUAAAUAUUAAUAAUGGAUGCUUAGGAAAUUGCACAUACUGUAAAACAAAAUUUGCAAGAGGUGAUUUGAUGAGUUAUAAUAUAAAUGACAUUAUUAAUAGAAUAAAAUAUGUUUGUGAUGAAGAGAAUAUAAAAGAAGUUUGGUUAACAUCAGAAGAUACGGGUUCCUACGGUAUUGAUUUAAAUACUGACAUAGUGAAAUUAUUAAAACAAAUAUUAGAUAACAUUGAAGAUGGAGAUGUUAUGAUAAGGCUAGGUAUGACUAAUCCUCCAUAUAUUUUACAGCAUAUUAAAGAUAUAUGUAAUUUAUUAAAACAUAAAAAUAUGUAUGAAUUUAUUCAUAUACCUGUUCAAAGUGGUAGUAACAACGUAUUAAAAAAUAUGAACAGAGAAUAUAAAAUUGAAGAUUUUAUAUAUUUAGUAGAUAAUUUAAGAAAAUAUGUACCGAAUAUAACUAUAUCCACCGAUAUUAUAUGUGGAUUUCCAUAUGAAACUGAAAAAGACCAUAAUGAAACAAUUAAUUUAAUUAAAAAGUAUAAAUUUCCUAUUUUAAACAUUUCCCAAUUUUAUCCUAGAAGUGGCACUGUAGCAUUUAAUAUGAAAAAAAUUGAUACGAAAAUUGUUAAAAAGAGAUCUAGAGAAGUAACCAAUGCUUUCCUAUCCUAUAAUAGUAAUUAUAAUUACUUAAAAGGAACUAUACAAAAAGUUUUAUUUACUGAAUUAUCUUCUAAAAGUGAACAUAUAAUAGGUCAUACAAAACAAUAUGUUAAAGUACUUUUGCAAAAUAAACGCAAUGAAAAUAUACAUUUAUUAGGUCAUUUUACUUUUUGCAAAAUAACAUCAAUACAUAAAUGGCAUGUUGUAGCUGAGUUACAACCCUAA